UUCAAGAUUUGUGAGACAACAAGCCGAAAUAAGAAACGACCCAAGCUUUGUCAUCACACCUCCAGCUAGCACAAGCUUCAAGAAAGACCAAGGUUUUAAAGGUAAUUCCAGGCAAGUGAUAACUGUGAACAAAACAGACAUUCCCACAGACAGUAGUUUUUCUCAGAACAGAUACAGUCGGUUGCCAGAAAGCCCCGACAAGCUAUGCCCAAUACAUAAGAAGCCUCAUCCUCUAAAAAAGUGCAAAAGCUUUAGAGCAAAACCCAUAGAUGAGCGCAAGUCCUUUCUUAAAGAGAAUAGAGUCUGUUUUAAGUGUUGUGGCUCUACUCAGCAUUUAGCAAAAGACUGCAAGGUACAAAUAAAGUGCACAGACUGUGGCAGUGACAGACAUUUAUCAGCGCUACAUCCAGGUCCACCUCCUGUUCCAGCUGAUAGCCCUGAAGCCGACAAAGAGGAUGGCGGGGAGACAGAGGACAGUGCAAACAUUUCAGUGGUCUCUAAAUGCACAGAAAUCUGCGGUAAUGCAGACAGUCCACAUUCAUGCUCAAAGAUAAGUCCGGUGUUAGUCUAUCCAGAUGGCAAAAGACAACAAGCACAAAAGAUGUACGCAGUGCUUGACGAACAAAGUAACAAGUCUCUUGCUAAGUCACAGUUUUUUGAGCUGUUUAAUAUUAAGACACGCUCAGACGCUUACAAGCUCAGAACAUGCUCCGGUCUGUCAGAUAAUGUUGGCAGAACAGCAUCAAACUUUGUGAUUGAGUCAAUGGAUGGUAGAGUAAAACUCCCACUCCCAAAUCUGAUCGAAUGUGACAUGAUUCCAGACGAUAGGAGUGAGAUACCGUCUCCACAAGUUGCUAUGCAGUUCCCACACUUACAGAAUAUAGCUGACAAAAUAUCUCCUGUCGAAAUACAAGUACCUGUCCUUCUACUCUUGGGAAGAGAUAUUAUACAGGUACACAAAGUCAGAGAGAGAAUCAACGGGCCGCACAAUACACCCUAUGCGCAGCGCCUAGACUUAGGGUGGGUAAUUGUUGGUGAAGCCUGCCUAGGAAAGACACACAAGCCCUCGAAUGUGAAUGUCCUGAAAACACAUGUUCUUCAGAAUGGCCGUGCUUCUUACCUCAGCCCAUGUCCCAACAUCUUUCAAGUAAAGGAGUCGAGUGGUUGCAGCUUCCAACCAAACACCACACCCGCUCUUCAAAAGGGCAGUGAAGAUAAAAAUUCUGAUUUGCUGGGACAAACUGUUUUUGAGAAAACAAAAGAUGACGACAAACCAGCGCUGUCGGUAGAAGACAAAGACUUUAUUGACAUUAUGGAAAAAGAAGUGUUUCAAAACAAAGCCAACAGCUGGGUGGCACCGUUGCCAUUCCGCUCACCCAGACCGAAACUUCCAAGUAACAGGGAGCAAGCAUUCAAACGUCUUCAGUCACUCAGGAAAACACUGGACCGCAACCCUGAAAUGAAAAGACAAUACACUGAGUUCAUACAAAACCUGCUGAACAAUGACCAUGCGGAGCUCGCUCCACUUCUGGACUCGGACAAAGAACACUGGUACUUACCAUCCUUCGGUGUGUACCAUCCUCAAAAACCCGACCAGCUGAGAGUAGUUUUUGACUCAAGUGCAGAGUUUCAAGGACAGUCCCUUAAUAAAGUCUUGUUAAGCGGACCUGACCUCAACAACACACUACUAGGUGUUCUUAUGCGCUUUAGGAAAGAGCCAGUAGCAUUUUCGACUGAUGUGCAGCAAAUGUUUUAUUGCUUUGAAGUGAGAGAGGAUCACAGGGAUUAUCUAAGAUUCCUUUGGUAUGAAAAUAAUGAUCCGGAUAAAGAUAUUUGUGAAUAUAGAAUGAAAGUCCACGUUUUUGGAAAUAGUCCCUCCCCGGCCGUGGCUAUUUACUGUAUGAGGCGUGCUGCAGUCGAAGGAGAGGAAGAGCAUGGACAAGAUGCAAAGCAGUUCAUUAUGAGGCAUUUUUAUGUGGAUGACGGCCUUGCAUCCACAACAACCUCAGAAGAAGCUGUUGAGAUACUCACAAACGCACAAAACAUGUUGGCACAAUCCAAUUUAAAGCUACACAAAAUAGCCUCUAACAGCCACAAGGUAGUGAAAGCAUUUCCUGCUGCUGAAAGAGCAAAAGAUCUGAAAGACUUGGAUUUAGAGCCGGGCGACAUACCUCUGCAGAGGAGCCUAGGGGUGCUCUGGAAUCUUGAAACUGACAGUUUUACCUUUCACGUCACCACCGAACUAAAGCCAUACACCAGGAGAGGUGUGUUGGCCACAGUUAACAGUUUGUACGAUCCACUAGGUUUUGUAUCACCCAUCACAAUGCAAGGAAAAGCACUUCUACGUGAACUGUCCACAGAGCAAAAGGAUUGGGAUGAACCACUUCCUGUGGAAAGAGAAGAGGAAUGGAACAAAUGGAGAUACUCAUUAAAAGAUCUUGAGCAGCUACAGAUACCAAGAUGCUACCUCCCAUUCUCCCAAUCUACAGCUGUGAGGAAAGAACUGUGCAUAUUCUCAGAUGCCUCCACCAUGGCCAUAGGAGCAGUAGCGUAUCUGAGAGCACUUGACAGUGAAGGUCAGUGGCACACGGGUUUUAUCAUGGGGAAGUCAAAAGUGGCCCCCCGUCCUGCCCACACGGUCCCGAGACUAGAGUUAUGUGCAGCAGUUUUAGCUGUUGAAAUGUACGAACUCAUUAGGGAUGAGAUGGACAUUGAAGUAGACACUGUCAGAUUUUUUACAGAUAGUAAAAUCGUUCUUGGCUACAUACAUAACAACACAAAGAGAUUCUACACUUAUGUAGCUAAUCGAGUGACCAGGAUCAGGAAGUCCGCACAUCCUGCACAGUGGUGUUACAUAGCUACUUGUGACAAUCCAGCAGACAAUGCAACCAGACCCAUAGCAGCUUCUACGCUAGCUCACACAAACUGGUUUAGUGGUCCUUCCUUUUUAACACAGCCCAAUAAAGAGUCGACGCAUUCAGAUGAUUUCAAUCUGAUUGACCCUGAUACAGAUACUGAGAUCAGGCCUGAGGUGAAAAGUUUUGUCACUAAAACCUCAACUACGCAGUUAGAGUCAAGUCGCUUUGAAAGAUUCUCUCAGUGGACAAGUUUGUAUCAAACUAUUGCAUCACUAAAACGUGUAGCAACAUCAUUCAAGAAAACAAACUUGGGAAACAAAGGCUGGAAGUGUUUUAAAAACACAAACACUACCGAUGAACUGUGUAAAGCAGGGAAAUUUAUCAUUCAAACUGUGCAACAUGAAACAUUCAAAGAAGAGUUCCGGUGCAUAAAAGCUAACCAGCCAUUACCAAAACAGAGCUGUCUUAAAAAGCUAAACCCUGUUAUUGAUGAAGAUUGUCUUCUGAGAAUAGGAGGACGCUUGGCACCUGCUAAUCUCACUAAGGAAGAGAAACAUCCACUCAUUAUCCCACGCGCUCAUCACGUAGCAGUCCUACUUGUCAGGUACCAUCACGAGAAGGUAGCGCAUCAGGGGCGCCACAUAACAGAAGGAGCGCUCAGAGCAGCCGGAUUUUGGAUUAUCGGCAGUAAACGGCUUGACUCUUCUGUCAUUCACAAAUGUGUUCUCUGUCGUAAGCUCAGAGGGCAAUUUCAAACUCAAAAGAUGGCGGAUUUACCUGUUGAUAGACUGUUGCCUAUGCCACCAUUCACCAGUGUUGGAAUGGACAUCUUCGGUCCCUGGACGGUUACCACACGUCGCACCAGAGGAGGAAGUGCAGACAGUAAACGCUGGGCUGUACUUUUCACCUGUAUGUCCAUGAGAGCUGUGCACAUUGAGCUCAUCGAAUCAAUGUCGACAUCCAGCUUUAUCAAUGCGCUGAGAAGGUUUUUCAGCAUUCGUGGACCCGCACAGAUACUCCGCUCGGAUAGAGGUACCAAUUUUAUUGGAGCAUGCAACGAACUGAAAAUUGAUCACAAGGACACAGAAUUGAACUCUUACCUGCAGGAAAAAGGAUGUACGUGGCUGUUCAACUCCCCACACUCCUCACACAUGGGUGGGUCGUGGGAGAGACUCAUUGGAAUUGCAAGACGUAUUUUGGAUGGUAUUCUUUUGAAAGUCAUACAUAUCCAACUCACACAUGAGGUGUUAAGUACUUUCAUGGCGGAAGUGAUGGCAAUAAUGAAUGCAAGACCACUCGUGGCGGUGUCAACAGAUCCUGACAGACCAAAUCUUCUCACCCCAGCAAUGCUUCUUACCCAAAAGACCAAUGCCUUGUCUGCACCGACAGGAACCUUUGCACCUCCAGACCUCUAUUCAAAGCAAUGGAAGCAAGUACAGAGUCUGGCGGACACCUUUUGGAAACAGUGGAGGAGUGAAUAUCUUUCAACUCUGCAGCAAAGGAGAAAAUGGACUGAUGACAAAAUGAAUGUAAAAGUCGGUGACAUUGUAUUACUGAAAGACGUGCUUGCACACAGAAAUGACUGGUCCAUGGGAAGAGUUGUGAAAACAUUUGAGAGUAAGGACAAGAAGGUUCGAAAAGCAGAAGUGAAGACUGUAAAAAAUGGAAAUGUGAAAGUGUUUUUGAGACCUAUUACAGACAUGGUUUUGCUGUUAUCAGAAAAGUAAAUGUUGCCUUUUUUUGUUAUUUACAUGUUCUGAGGUUUGAUUUGUAGUGGCACAAUUGUAUUGUACCAGGCGGGGAGUAUUCUGCCUUUUGUAAUAAGUUUAAGUAGAAACACGUUUACAUGUAGCGCUUUACCUCCCUCUAAUGGUUGCAGUGGGAAGUUGUUUUUGAGAGCAAAUACCGAAUGGCAGCAAGCAAUGUCGACUCGUGUGCAUCUGUUAAAAGCUGAUGUUUAAACCUUUUAUGUUGUGCCUUGGACAAGAUUUGUCCGUGAGUAUUAUUCGAAUUUUGAAAGAAUAUUUUAUUUUGGUUACAUGUGAUGUUUAAUGCAAACUUAUUCACCGUAAAUGCGAUGUAGCUUGUAUGUGUUUAGCUAACGCAUAAUUUUACUUGUAUUUUUUCCUAGUUUUACGACGGUCUUAAGAGGGCAAUGGUUUGAGGCCAUUCUACAAAUAAAUCAGCUAAAAGAAACCAAGUCUGAUUAUUUGGAGCGUCGUUAACUCGCUGUCUAGCUGGUGAAAAACUAGAUGCUUCAGAGUGAGGACAGCACACCGAGGCUUAAACGGCGGCGCGGCGUAUAUAUAGAUUUUUAGGGCCUCCAGGGGGCGCUCUAGCAGGAAGCAAGAGCGAGACAGACGAAGAAGAGAUAAUGCGCCGAAGAAGACGUGCUAGUUUGUGUUUUGAACAUUUCCCUGAUCACGCACAUACCCUCAUCAUGGAAAACACACGAAGAAAGGCAUUUGAUGCAGCUUUUAAGUUAAAAGCAAUCGAUUUGGCUGUCAAAGAGGUAAAUAGAGCUUAAAUGGCGGCGCGGCGUGCGUGUCGUAUUUAUGGAUUUUUACAGCCUCCAGGGGACGCUCUAGGAAGCAAGAGCGAGACAGACGAAGAAGAGAUAAUGCGCCGAAGAAGACGUGCUAGUUUGUGUUUUGAUAGGCAAUAGUGCCGUAUAAUUCACAUAAAGAAGAGACAGAACGAGAUCAAGACGGACAUUACUGAACGGAAGCUUUUAUACACAAACCGUCAUUAUGGGGGACAAAAGAAAUGCAUAUGAUGCCGCUUUUAAGCUAAAGGCAGUCGAUGUUGAUGACAUUGUGUUGCGUCACCCUUUUCUUUAUUUCGUGGUCCCGUCUACUCUGGAGCUAUACGUGUCGCUCGCUAGUAUAAUGUAAUUUAGCGCUUCGUGCAUGAAUAAAAUUAGCAUGAACAGACCCUCAUCACACUCGAAGAAAUGCAUAAAACCGACGACGAAAGAGAGACUGAGAACGUGUCAGGCGAAGGAUAUCUAACGCUAUUCCAAUCGGACGCUGAGGAGGAAGACUUCGAUGGUUUCAGUGCGCAGGAGGAAGAUGAAGACGAUGAAGCUCUUAUUUUACUUUUACUGGUAUGUUUUUUAACGAGCCCUGUUGGUGCUGUACUACCGUGUCGCGUCUCAGUGACUUUUACCGGGUAUGUUUUUUUUAAUCCAGCCCUAUUAGUCUUGUGUUACUUCUGUGUUGCUGCGGUAUUACUGCCGCGUCACGGGCAGUGUUUGGAAAGAAAUGUUAAGGUAUGUUAUUAAAACUUUAAAAAAGC